AUGAUCCUUUUGCUAUAAGUACACACCCUAACCUCUCCUUCAUCUUCCGACAAAACCUUAUAAUCUCUCUUCAGUUUACUCAAGAGCUUCUCAAAAUCCUUUACAACUUUAAUCUUCAAAGAUCUAAAGAAAGAAGUUUAUCAGAUCAUGAAUUAUCUAAACAAGGUCUGGAUGGCAGCAUCUUUCGUGGCUGUUCAAGGAAACCCCGAUCACAGCGUCAAGCUAAAAACCGGUCUCAGCUCCGCCCACCGCCUUCAACGCCGACUUUCCUCCGAUCUCCGCCCUCUCUCCGCCGCAGAUGUCCCCGUAGAGGAUGCUCCUUCGGAGGAAAGACGACGUACCUCUUCUUCCUCCAGUCCUGAUGAAUCGCUACGUCAGGUUAUGUACCUCAGCUGCUGGAGCCAAGGCUAAUUCUAGUUCCAUCCAUUCAUCACCACAUAUGAUGAUGAUGAUGAUGCAUGGUGACUUGCACAUGGAUCCGCUUGAGUCAGAAAAAGCGAGUUGCAUUUGCUGAUGAUAAACUGUAUAAUAGUUCAUUGUAUAUUUGUAUUAUAGUCAUCUAUGUGAAUAUUAGACAUAUGUUCAAGAAGAUCAAAAGCAAAACGUUCGUUUAUGAGAACUAUGUUUCUAGUUUCAA